GAGAAUGAAGGUUCUACAGAUCCUGCUGUUUGUUAUAAUGAUCCAAGAUGUUUGUGGACUGCCGACAUUUCACAAGAGAAUGGUGAUGUUUACCGACUAUAUGAGCUGGAAUGCUGCCCAUUUGAUCUGUAAAGUGACCGGGGGCGCACUACUCACCAUCAAGGACGAGACGGAACGAUUGGUCGUGAAGGAUUUCUUCAACCAAUCACUGUGGAGGGACGAAGGGAGUUAUAUAUCAGACUUUUGGAUUGGUCUACACGUUGAGAUCUACUCGGAGCCAAAGGUCUACUACUGGAGUACAUGUGAGGGACCAUUUGACCUCACUCAGACUGGUUGGUUAAGCGGUUCGUCCAAGGACCAAUGUUCGGAUGUGUCUAACAGUGCUUAUGUGAGAGAUGCAGCCUGUAGCAAGGACCUGAAAUAUAUCUGUGAAUACAUCGGAGGUGAAUGCCCAUUUGCUGUUUACAACGACACCAAGGGAGGUGAUCCUAGCUCUUACAGUGUGACGGCAAAUGGCACAGCUGACUGUAUGGACGUCUGUAGCAGCAGUCUGCUCGAUGGGCUGGAGUGUUGGGCGGCCACGUGGCACAAGCCGAGCAGACGAUGCGGUCUUCACUUCACGGAAAACAAGACGUAUUACCACGAUCCCGCAAACCAAAACUCCGCGGUGGAGUACACGCUAUACGCUAAGACCUGUUACUCUGCUGACGUGGACAGCACGAGAUUCUCCGGGUAUAAGGUGUAUUCUACAUACCCUUUUGAAACGUGUGUCAAUUCGCAUCCACUCGGACAAGCAAAAGUGUACGCGUUGUUUACGAUACCCAAGUCAUGGGAUGAAGCACGGUCCGUCUGUCAACAACUUGGAUACGAACUGCUGAUAGUCGACUCAUCUACAGACUACGCCAACAUAGAACAUAUUUUCGGAUCUACUGUUUUAAAAUACUGGAUUGGUCUUCGUGGCAAAAACCAGAACUUUUUGUGGACAACAGGCCAACCAAUCUCUUCGGCUGCUUGGGCCGCCAUGGAGCCCUUUAAUUCCCCUGAAGAGACCUGUGUAUUCUCAUCCAGCGACAAGUGGUUCACCGCCAACUGCAGUGAACAAUUGCCAUAUAUUUGUCAAACGACCAAUGCUUCCUGCACGUACGAGAUGUUGAAGAAUACCAAAGGACCCACCAAUAACGACCAAGGGAGCCUGGAUUUCGAACAGUGCCGUGCGGCCUGUGAAUCGAACGCUGACUGCAGGGGGUUUACACAUCUAAACGGUGUUUUUGUAUUUAUGUGCUACAUCCACAUCUCACAAGACCCACUCUACCUGUAUGAUUCAUCGAUACUCCAAAGCAACUUGAUUUUGGCCCUACAUAGGUGGACCUGCGCGUUUGGUGUUACAAACGACAAAGAGCCAUUUUUAUAUUUACCUGGUCCGGGUGUUGUCGGUAAUAACAUAACAGAACAAUUUCCACUUGAGAGUUCUUCAUCAUUGGUUGAAAAUGUAGUGACGUCAUCGUCUUUAGAGGUUCUGACGACAGCUGAGUCCAUAUCGCCAAGCAGUAUCACCACCUUUGAGACAACCGCCAGUUUAUCCAGUGGAUUCGUCUCUAGUACAGACGUUUUAGAUACCAUGGCAACUGCAUCAGGUAGUCCACAGGCCAUAGUGGAAACAUCUGUAGACGAAACGUCAUUGGUUUUGGAUGUCUCUACCAGCAUGCCACUGGAACAGAGUUCUCCAGGGUCCAUUGAUCCAUCAAGCGUUUCUGAGAGUGUUACGUUCUUACAGUCUAGUUUAGCAGACUCACCAGGUUACCCAACCUCCUUGUUAUCCUCGUACCCAACAACAGGUAUUGCUGCAUCAAUAUCCAGUAUGACACAGCUCUGGAGUACAUCACUAUAUAUUGCAACAGAAGACUUCAGCGUGUCACUAUCCAGUACAACAGAAAUUCCGAGUGUGUCACCAUCCACUUCAACAGAAAGUCUGAGUGUGUCACCAUCCACUUCAGCAGAAAGUCUGAGUGUGUCACCAUCAGUUUCAACAGAAGGUCAAACUGCAUCUGUGUCCUACACAAAAGAAUGGACCACCGCACCACCUCCUGUGUCAUGCCCCUGCCGGUGUAUUAAAAACUUGACGACACAAGAAACAGAAAAGCUCGUCCAGGAAAUACAGAAGGCGUUGUUUGUUGAACCAAAGUCGACAUCGAAGGCGAUCAUGUCUAAGAAGAGUGCCGAGGACCCGCGACCGAGUGCUCAGACUGCCGGUUACGCAGCCAUUAUAUUUCUGACCAUCACAUUUGGAGUGUUUUUCCUCCUGGAUCUGACGACGUUGGUGCAUCAUAUAAAGAUGGCAAUACAGCGCCUGGUUCAUAGGAAAGGAUGACCUUUUAGAAACACGGGUUGCAGUAACGUAUUUCUCACGUGCAUACCGAUUACAGGCACUGACCCUAAUUAUUCGUUCAGCUAUUUUCGGCCAUUUUGAUUUUGUUUCUUUGUUGGGAUUGACAAGACGGCAACAAGGAGAGAGGCACUGACAUGUAUACAUAUAACAUAUAAAAUACUUAAUAUUGAAAACAAUCACUGUAAUAUAGUGCACGUAUACAUAAUGACACCGUUAAUCAUUAUUAAAUAACCCCUUAUAUGAUAUAUGAUAUGGUAUGAUAUGACAUGACAUGACAUGACAUGACAUGACAUGACAUGACAUGACAUGACAUGACAUAUGAUA